CCCGGUGCUGUCCCUCACAUGCCCCACCUCCGUCUCCUUCCCUUGCCUCCAUGGAGUGUUCUCUGUCGUCUGCUACCAGCCUGCUUGCCUUGAAGGGAUCUAACUAUGCCGGUCUACUGGAGCGACAUCGCAUUCACUCAAAAAAUGUGGAGCAUGUUGUAGACAGCUUACGGAACGAGAGGAUAGAAGUCCGUCUUGUUAAACGUCGUGAAUAUAAUGAAGAGACAGUUCGGUGGGCAGAUGCUGUUAUAUCAGCAGGAGGUGAUGGUACAAUGUUGUUGGCAGCCAGUAAGGUCUUUGAUAAAUUUAAACCAGUUAUUGGAGUAAAUACUGAUCCUGAAAGAUCAGAGGGCCACUUAUGCUUGCCUGUGAGAUAUACACACUCUUUUCCUGAGGCACUGCAGAAGCUUUAUCGUGGUGAGUUCAGGUGGCAGUGGCGGCAACGAAUCCGACUGUAUCUUGAAGGAACCGGUAUUAAUCCUACCCCUGUAGAUUUACAUGAACAGCAGCUAAGCCAGGAGCAACACAGCAGGGCUCAUAUAAAUGAAAGAUUCCAGGAUCAAAGAUCUGAGAUUUCUGGUCCGCAUCUUUUGCCAGUGAGAGCACUCAAUGAAGUCUUCAUUGGGGAAUCUCUCUCAUCCAGGGAGAACUAUAAGUCCUGCAAACCCAGUUUUAAAUUCUCGCUUCAUAGGGCCUCCUAUUAUGAGAUAUCAGUUGAUGAUGGUCCAUGGGAAAAACAGAAGAGUUCAGGGCUUAAUGUAUGCACUGGAACAGGAUCAAAAGCAUGGUCCUAUAACAUUAACAAGGUAGCAAACCAAGCUGUUGAAGAGAUCCUUAGGAUUGCUAAAAAGCAUGGAGGUUUGAAUCUGCCAUUGAAUGCAGAACUAGUACAAAAAGUAACAAACGAUUACAAUGACUCCCUGCUCUAUAGCCCAGAAGAACCAAAGAUGCUUUUCAGUAUUCGAGAACCUAUUGUAAACAGAGUUUUCUCAAGUAGUCGGCAGCGUGGCUUCUCUUCAAAAGUCUGUGUCCGUUCCCGUUGUUGGGAUGCAUGUAUGGUUGUAGAUGGAGGAACAUCUUUUGAGUUUAACGAUGGGGCAAUAGCUUCAAUAUUGAUUGAUACAGAGGAUGCACUAUGCACUGUUCUGCUGGAAGAAUGAAGGACCCUAAUGUGUUUUCUGUUGAAACAAUUCUGGAUUCAGAAGGGGAACUCCUGGAGGUAGACAGCACGUCACAAUGCUGCAUUAAGUUGGAAGUUAGCUUUUUUUGGAUGCAAGAGCAUUUGAAAGAAGCUUGAGACGCUUCUCAUUCCUUGGGAUGGGGAAAUCUUAGAAACCUGAUACGUAAGCUGUUUUGCAUCUGGUGUAAAAGAAAUGUAUCAGAAGUCUUACUUAUAACUUCAGUGAAAAUUGACACUUCUCACCUGUAAGGCAAACAUGAAAGAGCAUCUUUUUAAUCUUAGGUAGAUGGGUUCAGGUAUUAAGUCAGCAUUAAAAUAUUCAGAUGUACAGUUUUUUAAUAGCAGUCUGGGACUGAUGAAACUAAACACCUUCAUACAUACACUUUUGUAGAAAAGCUGACUGUCAGGAUUGAGUGACUUGAUGCAAGGAUCCAUAGAUUUUUGGUGAAUUCUGAUACUGACCUAACAGAAAUGGAAAUGUGAACUUUUUAUAUGCUUUUCAAAAAUUUUGCAACUAUGUAGUUUUCAUAUAACUUGUGACAGAUCUUUUGGCUCUGCCACUAUUUUUUUCCUACUGUAUAAUUUGCAUUAAAACUUUUGUCUGGUUUGAUUUCUAGAAGCUCUAUUCACAUAUCUUGAAUGAGUUAGCUCUCACCUUUGCUUUUGGAUAGCGACUUGAAACCUAAGGGUGUUCUUAAGCCCUUUAAUGGGAAUACAUUACUUCAGUAUACUUUAUAUAGUUAAUGUAUGCUCCUUCAGUGAAUGGAGUAACUGGCUUGCAGGUGUUCAGUCACAGUAGCUUAUGUAGCUAUCACUAAAAAAGGCCUUGGUAAAUAAAAUGGUUUGGAAUUGUGGCUUCUGAGCUGCUUUGUUGCUAUAGAAGAAUGAGAUGUGCUAGGUGCUAGUAGUUGGAGUACAGGUUAACACCUACGUGUUUCCCUGUUUUUCAAGUAUGAGUUUUUAACUACCACAUAAAAUGCUUCCUUUCCCAACCCCAUGCUGAAUUCUACUGGUUCAAUUGGCAGCAAAUUACCGCUAACUUCCUGUGCUUCUGAUUACAUAUCUGUUGGGUAAACAAGUUUUUAAUACAGGAAAAAAUAAGCUCUAUGAUUAUACAAGAGGGAAGUGACUUUUAAAUAAUGUUUUGGAGAAACUGUGAACUUUGACUGCUCUUGGAAGUUCAUGCUGAUUAACGCAUACAGGAGAGGGCAGAAUUUGAGAAAAUGAAUUUGCUAUAGCUGGAACUCUUCUGGUACAUGACUUGAAACAGUUUUUUCUGUCUACUACAGAUCUAUUUCCAGAAGGGAGAUUCACUCAAACUACUUCUGAGUGAGGAGACUUUUGUAACAGAUGUUCUUAGGUCUAAUGGAAAUAUUCUACAGUGUGGUCAAUCAGUGUAUUUAUUGCCAAUCACAAAAAUGUAAAGUGAUUUUUAUAGGUGGAGGAAGCAGAUAAAGGGUUUCUCUCUGCUAGUUCAGUUUUUCUUUUUUUCUUUUUUUCUUCCUCCAGAGUUCACUCUGAAACAGAAUUGAGAGGAAAAGGAUUUGCCAAAACCAUUGAAUUCUAGAAAAAUGGGAUACUGAUACAGCCUUUUCAAUAAGCUAUCACUGUUUUCUGCACAUUUCAUCUUCUAAGUGUGCUGGGGAUUGAAGUGUUAUUUACAAUAUCUGUUUGAGUUAUCUGGAUUGUAGACAGGAAGGAGAAAAUCGAAGUAGUCAUAUUCUUUAGAAACUUUUUAAGUUCAGGAAACUAUGAGAAUAAAGGUCUUCUGUAUGUCUAAAGUAUCUGCGAAACUACUCUAAAGAUGUGAAAGACUAAUACUUCUUUAGAAAGUAGGCUGCACAGAAACUAGGGAAUUAGUUAUUCCUAAUCCAUCUAUAACCAGAUAAAUGAUGGUUUAUAUGCCUCUGUCUAGUAUCCCAGUCAACAUGCUGUUUAAAAAAAAAAAAAAAAAAAA